AUGCCGCAGAUGGGCUAUGACAUGCAGGAAGGCACUGUCUUGCGGUGGCUGAAGGGUGAGGGAGACGCGGUGGCGAACGGCGAACCCAUCGCUGAAAUAGAGACCGACAAGGCGGUAGUCGAGUUCGAGUCUUACGCUGAGGGUGUACUCCACCGAAUAAUCGUUCCCGCUGGCACAACUGUCCCGGUGGGCGAACCUAUCGCGUUAGUCGGCGCGCAGGAUGAGACUUUCGACGCCGUUGACGACACUGCGUCGGACGAAGGGCCUACCAUUCCCGUCGAUGUCGAUGCGGACGAGCCGACACCAAGCGCUGCAAUUCCCAUGCCUCCCGCUAGCAGCGAUAUUGCCACGGAAGAGUUACAUGUCGCGGAGCUGGAACCAGAGGUGGAAGAACCACCCUUAGCGGCAUCCCCUUUGCGCGCAUCGCCCAUAGCGCGCCGUAUCGCCGAUGAGCGUGGCAUCGACAUCACGAAAGUGCAGGGCACUGGUCCGGGUGGACGCGUUGUCAAAGACGAUGUCCUCGAAUACCAAGAACCUGAGCCAGUGGAACCUGACAUAAUGGAGGAGCCCGAGCCGGAAGAGGUAGAAGCCGUUGAAGCGGAGGUUGCAGUUGAAGCUGAAGUAGAGGUGGUGGCAGAAGAGGAGUUGGAGGCCGAACCCGAGCCGGAACCGGUGGUCAUCGAAGAACAGCCCGCCGAGGUCGCACAAGAGGAAGCUGCGGACGAUGCCAUGCAGCUCUCGAGAAUGCGACAGCAGAUCGCCAGGGUCACGGUGCGCAGCAAGCAAGAGAAGCCGCACUUCUAUGUAACCUCGGAAGUAGAUAUGACCGAGGCAAUGGUCCUGCGCCAGCAGAUAAACAGGACGCUGGAGGGCGAGGGCGUGCGCGUGACCGUCAACGACCUCAUCAUCAAGGCGUGCGCCGACGCGCUGAAGAAGCACCCCAAGUUCAACGCCUUCCUUGACGGCGAUGUUAUACGUCCGAACGAUAAUGUGAACAUCGGUAUUGCCAUGGCGGUUGAAGAAGGGUUGCUGAUGCCCGCCAUCAUGGGCUGCGAGCAGAUGCCACUGAAGUCGCUCGCACUCGCGAGCAAAGACCUCGCGGACCGCGCGCAGAACGGUACGCUGCGCCCCGACGAAUACACGGGCGGUACAUUUGGCGUCAGCAAUCUCGGGAUGUUCGACGUGAGCACAUUCGUCGCCAUCAUACAGCCUCCUCAAACCGCCAUCCUGGCGGUUGGCACUGUCGCCAAACGACCAGUCGUAAGAGACGAUGAAAUCGUGAUUCGGCAGACUAUGAAUGCCACAAUUUCAGCCGACCACCGCGUGGUGGAUGGCGCAGAAGGCGCGCAAUUCCUCAUAGAAGUGAAGAACGCACUCGAAAAUCCGCUGAGCCUUAUGCUAUAG